CAGAAAGAGUAUCUAUUUCUCCGGAUUCUUGGGAGGAGGGUCGAAGAGUAGACCGGCCACGCCCGGUCCCGCUCCUGGUUGCACAACUGCAAGCUAGAUCUGGGCAUCGAAGGAGGAACGCUGCAACCUCCAACCCCUUCUUUCUGACCAACCCGGACCGAGCAGUGCUGGGGCCGGGGAGGGUCACCGGGUGAGGACCGGGGCGGAGGGUGUUAAGUUACAGUGCAGGAGCCCGGGUCCCUCCGCGGGCAGGAAGGGGAGGGCCCAUCGGGGCUAGGGGAACCCCGGCGCAGACGUGGGGUGGGGUCGGAAAAGCUGCCUCACCGGGCGCUCCCAGGCCCUCCGCUCCCGCCCUCCCUCCCUCCCUCCCUCCCUGGCAGGACUCCCUGCCCGGCCUCCCCGCCACUCUCCGAGACGCACUCCCGGAGGCAGCGCCCGCAGCGGCCUCGCCAUGUCCCAGCCCGGCCAGAAGCCCGCCGCCUCCCCGCGGCCUCGGCGCGCAGCCGCCGCCCGCCGCACCCAGGAGCACGUCAGUGAAAAAACCAGUGAAUCGCUUUCCAAACCAGGAGAAAAGAAAGGAUCAGAUGAGAAAAGCGCAGCAAGCCUCGGCAGCAGUCAAUCCUCCAGAACCUAUGCUGGUGGAACAGCCUUGGCCACCAAGGUGUCAGCUUCCUCUGGUGCGACCAGCAAGUCUUCCAGUAUGAAUCCCACAGAAACCAAGGCUGUAAAAACAGAACCUGAGAAGAAGUCACAGUCAACCAAGCUGUCUGUGGUUCAUGAGAAAAAAUCCCAAGAAGGAAAGCCAAAAGAACACACAGAGCCAAAAAGCCUACCCAAGCAGGCAUCAGAUACAGGAAGUAAGGAUGCUCACAAUAAAAAAGCAGUUUCCAGAUCAGCUGAACAGCAGCCAUCAGAGAAAUCAACAGAACCAAAGACUAAACCACAAGACACGAUUUCUGCUGGUGGAGAGAGUGUUGCUGGUGUCACUGCAAUAUCUGACAAGCCGGGUGACAAGAAAAAAGAAAAGAAAUCGUUAACCCCAGCUGUGCCAGUUGAAUCUAAACCGGAUAAACCAUCGGGAAAGUCAGGCAUGGAUGCUGCUUUGGAUGACUUAAUAGAUACUUUAGGAGGACCUGAAGAAACUGAAGAAGAAAAUACAACGUAUACUGGACCAGUAGUUUCAGAUCCAAUGAGUUCCACCUACAUAGAGGAAUUGGGUAAAAGAGAAGUCACAAUUCCUCCAAAAUAUAGGGAACUAUUGGCUAAAAAGGAAGGGAUCACAGGGCCUCCUCCAGACUCUUCGAAACCCAUGGGGCCAAAUGAUGCUAUAGAUGCCUUGUCAUCUGACUUCACCUGUGGGUCGCCUACAGCUGCUGGAAAGAAAACUGAAAAAGAGGAAUCUACAGAAGUUUUAAAAGCUCAGUCAGCAGGGACAGUCAGAAGUGCUGCUCCACCCCAAGAGAAGAAAAGAAAGGUGGAGAAGGAUACAAUGAGCGAUCAAGCACUCGAGGCUCUGUCGGCGUCACUGGGCACCUGGCAAGCAGAACCUGAGCUCGACCUCAGCUCGAUUAAGGAAGUCGAUGAGGCAAAAGCUAAAGAAGAAAAACUAGAGAAGUGUGGUGAGGAUGAUGAAACAAUCCCAUCUGAGUACAGAUUAAAACCAGCCACGGAUAAAGAUGGAAAACCACUAUUGCCAGAGCCUGAAGAAAAACCCAAGCCUCGGAGUGAAUCAGAACUCAUUGAUGAACUUUCAGAAGAUUUUGACCGGUCUGAAUGUAAAGAAAAACCAUCUAAGCCAACUGAAAAGACAGAAGAAUCUAAGGCCGCUGCUCCAGCUCCUGUGGCGGAGGCUGUGUCUCGGACCUCCAUGUGUAGUAUACAGUCAGCACCCCCUGAGCUGGCUACCUUGAAGGGCACAGUGCCAGACGAUGCUGUAGAAGCCUUGGCUGAUAGCCUGGGGAAAAAGGAAGCAGAUCCAGAAGAUGGAAAACCUGUGAUGGAUAAAGUCAAGGAGAAGGCCGAAGAAGAAGACCGUGAAAAGCUUGGUGAAAAAGAAGAAACAAUUCCUCCUGAUUAUAGAUUAGAAGAGGUCAAGGAUAAAGAUGGAAAGCCACUCCUGCCAAAAGAGUCUAAGGAACAGCUUCCACCCAUGAGUGAAGACUUCCUUCUGGAUGCUUUGUCUGAGGACUUCUCUGGUCCACAAAAUGCUUCAUCUCUUAAAUUUGAAGAUGCUAAACUUGCUGCUGCCAUCUCUGAAGUGGUUUCCCAAACCCCAGCUUCAACGACCCAUGCCGGAGCCCCACCCCAUGAUACUUCGAGUGACAAAGACCUCGAUGAUGCCUUGGAUAAACUCUCCGAUAGUCUAGGACAAAGGCAGCCUGACCCAGAUGAGAACAAACCGAUGGAGGAUAAAGUAAAGGAAAAAGCUAAAGCUGAACAUAGAGACAAGCUUGGAGAAAGAGAUGACACUAUCCCACCUGAAUACAGACAUCUCCUGGAUGAUAAUGGACAGGACAAACCAGUGAAGCCACCUACAAAGAAAUCAGAGGAAUCAAAGAAACCUGCAGAUGACCAAGACCCCAUUGAUGCUCUCUCAGGAGAUCUGGACAGCUGUCCCUCCACUACAGAAACCUCACAGAACACAGCAAAGGAUAAGCACAAGAAGACUGUGUCCAGCUCCAAAGCACCUAAGAAUGGAGGUAAAGCAAAAGCAAAGACAACAGAGGAAACUUCCAAGCCAAAAGAUGAUUAAAGAAAUAUGAGUUAAAGUAUCUGGUAUCUGCAUUUAAAAUCUUCAACUGGUGGAUGGUGACUUUUGAAGAACAAAAGGCUUUGGCAACAGAAAACAAUUGUUCUGGGUGAUUUCUAGAAUGGUUUUUGUUGAGUCUUUGAACAUCCUAAAUAUUGGUUUGUUAUUCUUUUCCAGAAAGAAAAUGAAUUUGGUUCACCUGUGUUAUUGUACUGAGUAUUGAUAAACUUUGAAUUUUUUUAAUUGCCUUCAAUUGGGAGAGAAAGAAAGCUUUAUAUUUGUAAGAAAUAUAUUUGAUAAAGUUUCUUAAAGCAACACCAAAAAAACAAAAGAAAAGCUAAGUGAAUUUUUGCACAUUCUACACACAGUGCCUGUAAAUCUCAUUUGUAUUUUCAGUUUGCGCUUAAUUUUUUUUGUUAGUGUUUUAGAAAACAAUCCUUUAAACAUUCUUCAGUGUACUGAUUUCUUAUUACUCCCUUUCCUCUUGGGCUUUUGAACUGUAUUUGAUGUUGCUUUGGGAUAAUGUUUAUAAGUCAAACAUAAGAUAUUGUACAUUGGGCACAUAUCUCCUCUUGGGCUGCUAAUAAUAAAUUAAUAACAGGUAACCUGGACAAACCAGAAAGCACCAAACCCCUUUUCAGUUUGAACUCUUCUUUGCCAGGUGUGAGGACUUCUGCAUCUUAUAGUCAGCACAGAACACACUGAGACUUGAAUCAAGUCAGCAACAGAGCAAAAUACAGGUUAGAUAAGUCCUUGUGUAGCAAAUUUCGAGCAUAAGAAAUAAAGCUAAUUCUUAGGGUAUUCAUCUGACUUGAACUCUGUUGAUUUACUGUGUAAGUAAACUGUGCUUUCUAUUAUCUAUACAUAAAACCUGAGCAGCAACUGUGUCCUUAGAGCUAUUGCCACAUUAGUCUUUGCACUGUAUAGCAUCUGGCUUUAUGGAACUUAAGUUUACUAAAUACAAAAAGAAACUUCUGCUUUAAAAAAAAUUAUAUAUAUAUAUAUAUAUAUAUAUAUAUAUAUAUAUAUGAAAUUUUACAUCUGCAUUUCCCCCACAGCAGUGUAAGAAGUAGGCUCUGAUGUCCUACCACUUUGAAUGGUCUUCUAAUAUCUUUCUGAAUGAAUAGUUCCUGAACAUUGCACUGAUAUCAUUGAUUAGAAUUUUGAUAUUUAAUUUCAUCUUUAUUUCCUGGUAGAGAAUGCAGGAAAAGAUGUCAGGUACAUAACAUAAAAUAGAUGGGGAAUUUCUUGUUUCCAAAGGGCAUGGCCUUCCUUAGCAUCAGUUUGAAGCUUUUGUUAUGACUUAGCUGACUUGUGGCAGUGGAGCAAGCAAAAACAGUAACACUGCUUAUAAAUGGCACCACAUCUUGUUAACCUCCACCCCAAAUACUCUCUGAAAGUCAUGCACAUACUUAUGGGAUUUCACACUCCACCAGCUUAAAAUGCUAUGUCUCUGUCCAUCAGAAAUAGUCAUUAUUCUAUUUUUAAGGCAGCAACAAGAAAAGAAAAAACACUUUUCCUAAGGGAUUUCUAACCAUGUAUCUAAUCCUCCCAUUUGGGCAGUAUAGGUGUUUGCUUUUUUGUUUUCUUUUUUUAAGAAAAACCUUGAAACCUUUGACACUGACAGAUGUGUUUGCAAGGAUAUGGCUGCAGUAUUACUAAUUUCCAUGUGUAUCUAGAGGUAUUUUUAAAUGAUAUACCAAAAUCCAGAAGUUUAAAGAUGCCUAUAAAAGUAAACAUUUAUUUAAAAUACUCUGAAUAUGCCUUCUUUUUUAAUUAGAAAUAUCUUCAAGACUUGGGUGUUUGUUAAUAACUAAUAACUGGAGUAAGCUACAGGAUCUAAAGCAGCCCUUUUUACAAUCUAGUUAGGAGAAAAUAAUUGCAAAUAUCCACUUAGAGGCAAAGAACAAUUUUUAUCAUCAAAAAGAUUUCUGCACAUCAUUGUGGCAAUAUUGUAUCUGUUUAGAAAAUGGGCUUUUCCAAAAGCAAACAAAGAUAGGUUCCUCAGGUGACCAAAACUGAAAAUUAGUAUUUCCAUGUUUCAUUAAUCAAGGCAUAAAAUACAAUUAAAGCAAAAUAUUUUACAUUAA